AUGUUUAAUACAAGAAUAACGAAUGUAUCGAGAUAUGCCAGUAUAAUACCAAGAAUAAAAGUAUGCUCUAAUACUUUGUUAAGAAACGAAACAUCGUUAUCAUUAUUACACUCGAAUCAUAAGGUUCCAGUGUUAAAUCUUACUAGAGGAAGAAAUAAUACAAGAUCUAUUCAUACAACAACACCCUUACCGUUUAGAUAUAAUCUUCAAAAGUAUCAGGAAAAUAAGGGACCUAAGAAUCAGAAUAAUAAGAACAAGAAUAAGAAUAAAAAUGAAAAUAAUGAAAAUGAAGAAGAAUUUAAAUCCUUAACAGAAUAUUUGAAAUCAAAAGAAUUCGCAAAGACAAUAUAUUUAACUGUUGGUUUUACCGUUUUGUUCUCUUUAUUAAGUGGACCCGAUAAUGAUAAUGAUAAUAACAAUGAUAAUAAUAUUCUUACAUUCCAAGACUUUAAGACCAAAUAUCUUGAAAAGGGCUUGGUUAAGCAUAUUUUCGUGGUAAAUAAGUAUUUAGUACAGGCUGAAUUAUUGCCACAAGCAACAGCAUUAUCUAAUGAUAGAAGCGCAGACUCUAGAGGAUUAUUCGGUACCCCAUUUGGCGGUGGUCCACCAGUUGUAUCGUUUACCAUUGGAUCAGUUGAUAUAUUUGAAGAUCAAAUGGAUCAAGCACAAGAUCAAUUGAAAAUUGCACCAAAUGAUAGAAUUCCAAUUUCGUACGUUACUCGUACUUCAAUGUUACAAUACUUAUUCCCUUUUAUACCAACUUUAUUGUUACUUGGUGGUUUGUAUUUCAUAACUAAGAGAAUGACCGGUGGUGCUAAUGCAGGUGGUUCCGGUGGUGGGAAUGGCAUAGGUAAUAUGUUUGGUGUUGGUAAAUCAAAGGCUAAAUUGUUUAAUAAAGAAACUGAUAUUAGAAUAUCAUUUAAAGAUGUUGCCGGUUGUGAUGAAGCUAAACAAGAAAUUAUGGAGUUUGUUCAUUUCUUAAAAAACCCACAGAAAUAUACUGCUUUGGGGGCCAAAAUCCCAAGAGGGGCAAUUUUGUCCGGUCCUCCAGGUACAGGUAAGACUUUACUUGCUAAAGCCACGGCUGGUGAAGCCGGUGUUCCUUUCCUCUCUGUCUCAGGUUCUGAGUUCGUCGAAAUGUUUGUCGGUGUUGGUGCAUCUCGUGUCCGUGAUCUUUUUGAACAAGCUCGUAAGAUGGCACCUUCAAUUAUCUUUGUAGAUGAAAUUGAUGCGAUUGGUAAAGAAAGAGGUAAAGGUGGUGCUCUUGGUGGUGCUAAUGACGAAAGAGAGGCCACUUUGAAUCAAUUAUUAGUCGAGAUGGAUGGUUUCACUACUUCAGAUCAAGUUGUUGUACUAGCUGGUACUAAUAGACCAGAUGUUUUGGAUUCAGCUCUGAUGAGACCGGGUAGAUUUGAUAGACAUAUUCAAAUAGAUUCUCCUGAUAUUAACGGUAGAUUGGCUAUUUAUUUGGUUCAUUUGAAAAGAUUAAACCUAUCACCAGAACUUGUUCCAGCAGAGUCUGCACGUCAUGAUCUUGCAGGUAAAUUGGCUACUUUGACUCCAGGGUUUACUGGUGCGGAUAUUGCUAAUGCUUGUAAUGAAGCAGCAUUAAUUGCUGCCAGACACAGAGACCCACAUAUUAAAUUAUAUCAUUUUGAACAAGCUAUUGAAAGGGUCAUUGCUGGUCUAGAAAAGAAAUCAAAGGUCUUAUCAAAGGAAGAAAAGACUACAGUAGCUUACCAUGAGGCCGGUCACGCUAUUUGUGGUUGGUAUUUAAAAUACGCCGACCCAUUAUUGAAAGUUAGUAUUAUUCCAAGAGGCCAAGGUGCAUUGGGUUAUGCUCAGUAUUUACCACCUGAUCAAUACCUUAUUAGUGAGGAACAAUUCCAACAUAGAAUGAUUAUGGCCCUGGGAGGUCGUGUUUCUGAGGAAUUACAUUUUCCAUUUGUAACAAGUGGUGCACAUGACGAUUUCAAGAAGGUAACUCAAAUGGCCCACGCUAUGGUCACUUCACUUGGUAUGUCAAAAAAGGUAGGUUAUUUAGCUUACGAUCAAGAUAGUGGUGGAUUACAAAUCAGCAAACCUUUCAGUCAAAAGACAGCAAGAAAUAUUGACUUAGAGAUCAAACGAAUAAUUGAUGACGCUCAUAUGCAAUGUGUUAAAUUAUUAACAGAAAAGCUCGAUGAAGUUGAUAAAGUCGCAAAGGAACUGCUCAAGAAAGAAGCUAUUACUAGAGAGGAUAUGAUUAGACUGCUGGGACCAAGACCUUUCCCAGAGAGAAAUGAAGCUUUUGAGAGAUAUCUGGAUCCAAAAACUGCAAAACCAGCUCCACCUUCAUCUCCAGCUACGAAUUGA